GAAACUUCUCCGAAGUUUCCUUCGUCCUCGUCACUAUGGCUUUCCCUUUUAUCAACGAUUUUUUUUUUCUCCUUCUGCGAUCCCUCCGCCGUCUCUCCGAUCGCCUGAUGUUAUCCGCAACCACUUUCGGCCUGCCUCGGGAUAAUCGUCCCUUUCAAUCCGGGCUGUGCCAUCUCUCUUGCGACAGACACUGAAUAUGACUUUCAGAAUGCCGAACGGGCCGCCGCUGCCACCUGAUGUGGAGGCCGGCCGCCACCCCGCUAAGGAGGUGGCGGAGGAGGAGGAAGAGGGCGGCUGUAUUCCUUCAGAUCCUUUUGACAUUGCAACCACCAAGAACGCUUCGUUCGAGUCCCUGAAGCGGUGGAGGCAAGCAGCACUAGUGCUAAAUGCUUCUCGUCGAUUCCGGUACACUUUGGACUUAAAAAAGGAAGAAGACAAAGAACAGCGAAGAAGGAUGAUUAGAGCCCAUGCACAAGUCAUCAGAGCAGCACUGCUUUUCAAAUUGGCUGGAGAACGGGUGAUCGUGAUAGGUGCCACAGAUGUACCUCCAACUCCAGGCGGUGAUUAUGGAAUUGGACUAGAACAACUUUCUUCAAUGACCAGGGAUCAUAAGACUUCAGCUCUACUGCAAUAUGGAGGGGCUUUUGGGUUGUCAAAUUUGCUGAAGACAAAUCUUGAAUCGGGAAUUGAUGGGGAUGAUAAGGAUAUGCUGAAACGAAGAAAUGCAUUUGGAUCAAAUACAUAUCCAAGGAAGAAAGGGCGAAGCUUCUUGAUGUUCCUUUGGGAAGCUUGGCAAGAUUUAACUCUUAUCAUUUUAAUGGUAGCUGCUGUAGUGUCAUUGGUAUUGGGAAUAAAGACAGAGGGUUUAAGUGAAGGAUGGUAUGAUGGGGGCAGCAUCGCUUUUGCUGUUAUUCUUGUUAUUUUUGUUACAGCCACUAGUGACUAUCGGCAAUCCCUCCAGUUUCAAAAUUUAAACGAGGAAAAACGUAACAUACAUCUGGAGGUCAUUAGAGGUGGUAGAAGAGAGAAGGUUUCAAUAUAUGAUAUCGUUGUCGGUGAUGUUGUACCUCUCAAAAUUGGCGAUCAGGUUCCUGCUGAUGGAAUAUUAAUUGCUGGUCAUUCUCUUGCCAUUGAUGAAUCUAGUAUGACUGGAGAAAGCAAGAACGUUCACAAGGAUCAGAAAGCACCCUUUUUGAUGUCUGGCUGCAAAGUUGCUGAUGGUGUUGGUACUAUGCUGGUAACCAGUGUUGGGAUCAAUACUGAAUGGGGAUUGCUGAUGGCAAGUAUCUCAGAAGAUACUGGUGAAGAAACUCCUUUGCAGGUUCGUUUGAAUGGGGUUGCAACCUUUAUUGGCAUUGUUGGGCUUGCAGUAGCCCUUUCUGUACUGGCUGUUCUUUUGGGCAGGUAUUUCACUGGAAAUACAAACAAUCCAGAGGGUAAUCCCCAAUUUAUUCGGGGCCAGACCACUGUUAGUGAUGCAGUAGAUGGGGUCAUUAAAAUUGUUACUAUUGCAGUCACCAUUGUGGUUGUUGCUGUACCCGAAGGGCUUCCAUUGGCUGUUACCUUAACCCUAGCAUACUCAAUGAAAAAAAUGAUGACCGAUAAGGCCUUGGUCCGGAGGCUCUCAGCCUGUGAAACAAUGGGCUCUGCAACAACAAUUUGCAGUGAUAAAACUGGAACAUUGACCUUGAAUAAAAUGACUGUGGUUGAUGCUUAUAUUGGUAGGAAAAAGGUAGAUCCAUCAGAUGUUUCUACAGAGUCGCACCCAUUGGUUUCUGCUCUGCUAUUUGAGGGCAUUGCACAGAACACCGCAGGCAGUGUUUUUUCCCCUAAGGAUGGUGGGGAACCAGAGGUUUCCGGUUCUCCCACAGAAAAGGCCAUCCUUUCAUGGGGGCUCAGUCUGGGGCUGAAAUUUGAUCUUGUCCGAUCAGGAACUAAAGUCUUUCAUGUGGUUCCUUUCAACUCUGAGAAGAAGCGAGGAGGUGUUGCAUUGAAAGGGAGUGAUGCUCAAGUUCAUAUCCAUUUGAAAGGGGCAGCUGAAAUGGUUCUUGCCUCGUGUACGGGAUAUCUUGACUUAAAUGGUUGCCAGCAAGCCUUUGAUGAUGAUAAGGUAUUUUUUAAAGAUGCCAUUGAUGAUAUGGCUGCAAGAAGUUUGCGGUGUGUAGCCUUUGCAUACCGGAAAUGUGACAUUGAUAAAAUUCCCACUGAUGAAGAGCAGCUAGCGCAGUGGGUUUUACCUGAGGAUGACCUUGUUUUGCUCGCAAUUGUUGGUAUAAAGGAUCCUUGCCGUGAUGGUGUCAAAGACGCAGUGGAACUUUGCAAGGAAGCUGGUGUUAAGGUACGCAUGGUCACUGGAGACAAUCUUCAAACAGCGAAAGCAAUUGCUUUGGAAUGUGGAAUACUUGAUUCAGAUGCAAACGGUACUGAAUCUAUUAUCCUUGAAGGAAGGGAGUUUCGUGCAUUAUCUGAGACGGAAAGAGAGCGGGUUGCCAAAAAUCUUUUGGUGAUGGGUAGGUCUUCUCCUAGUGACAAGCUUUUACUAGUGCAAACACUACGCAAAGGAGGGGAUGUUGUUGCUGUAACGGGAGAUGGCACUAAUGAUGCUCCUGCUUUGCAUGAGGCAGAUAUAGGUCUUUCAAUGGGCAUUCAAGGAACCGAAGUUGCGAAAGAGAGCUCAGAUAUCAUCAUCUUGGAUGAUAAUUUUGCGUCAGUUGUAAAGGUUGUCCGUUGGGGGCGUUCUGUAUAUGCAAACAUUCAGAAAUUUAUCCAGUUCCAGCUUACAGUUAAUGUUGCAGCUCUUGUGAUUAAUGUUGUGGCGGCAGUUUCGUCUGGUGAUGUUCCUCUUAACGCAGUUCAGCUUCUCUGGGUUAAUCUUAUCAUGGAUACCCUUGGCGCACUUGCACUGGCAACUGAACCACCAACAGACCAUCUCAUGCAAAGAUCUCCAGUUGGGAGAAGGGAACCUUUGGUGACAAACAUCAUGUGGAGGAACUUGAUCAUACAGGCUUUGUAUCAAGUUUGUGUUCUCCUUGUUCUUAACUUCUGGGGCUCUAGUAUUCUUAAUUUAAAGCGUGAUGGCAGAGGGCAUGCUAGUGAAGUGAAGAAUACCUUGAUAUUCAAUGCCUUUGUCUUCUGCCAGAUAUUCAAUGAAUUCAACUGUCGAAAGCCGGAUGAAGUCAACAUAUUUAGCGGAGUGACUAGAAACCACCUGUUUGUGGGAAUAGUCGGAGUGACAUUUGUUCUUCAGAUAAUCAUUAUCGAGUUCCUGGGGAAAUUCACAUCAACUGUUAAAUUGAGCUGGAAGCUCUGGCUAGCUUCACUUGCUAUUGGUCUUUUCAGCUGGCCCCUCGCUGUUAUUGGGAAACUCAUUCCAGUUCCGGAGACUCCCUUAUCUGGGGUUUUCACCAAGUCGUUUCAGCGCUGCAGCGCUCUCCGCAAUUUGUUACUGCCAUCCUGUAGCUGAGCCUGGUAAAUACCUGAACUAAUGAAGGCUGGUCAUUGAAAGCUUAAGCUGAGAAUUUAUUCAGCUGGCACAUGGAAGGCCUUCCAACUAACCCUUCAGUAUGCCUCUUAUAAUUGUGUUCUUAUAUUCUGCAGAAAUAUAUACAUAGCUAACCAAUAUACCUGGCCAUUGAUGCUGUCUACUAUUAAUAUUCUUAAAAGUGCAAAUGGGAUUGUAUACAAUAAAUAUGAUUGCUCAA